ACGAAAAUAACAACAAACGCGAACAAAAGAAAUUUCUCAAGCUGUUGUGCACUUCGUCAUCGUCGUCGCGUCGAAAAAGUGUAGUGAAAAGGGAUAAGGCCAUCGCAGCUGUUUGUGAGGAACCCUGGGAAUCGGUAGAAUAUUAAAAUACACCGCCAGUACUGCAGAACGAUACAUCCCCGAGGCAGUACCCAUCUGGGUUCCAUAUUGAACCAAGCAAAUGUUAUCUACGCAAGGCACCAAAAACAAAAGAUAACAUGGACAUGCUUGACGCAUACGUUGGUUACGACUUGAGUAGUUGCACCGAACCGGACGACAUUCCGAAGACCAACGAAACGGUUUGGUUGCUUGGAACGCAGUAUAAUGCCACCGAUGACCUCGAAGCCAUACGGGAUGAUGUUCAAUCGCGACUAUGGUGCACCUACCGCCGGGGGUUCGUCCCAAUUGGAAACACCACGCUCACCACGGAUAAGGGCUGGGGUUGUAUGCUGCGCUGCGGUCAGAUGGUACUGGCACAGGCAUUGAUUCAGUUACACCUCGGACGCGAUUGGCGUUGGAGUCUAGAUAGCAGGGACGAAACCUAUCUCAAUAUUGUGAACCGAUUUGAAGACAGCAAGCAAGCACCUUUCUCACUGCAUCAAAUUGCUCUGAUGGGCGAUUCGUCGGAGGAAAAGCGGAUUGGCGAAUGGUUUGGUCCGAAUACGGUUGCUCAGGUGCUCAAAAAAUUGGUCAAAUUUGAUGAUUGGUGUAAAUUAGUGAUUCAUGUCGCUUUGGACAACACGCUAGCCACUGAUGAAAUACUGGAAUUAUGCGCAACCAAGGAACCGGACGCAUGGAAACCCCUCCUUCUCAUAAUUCCACUCCGAUUGGGUUUGAGCGAGGUGAAUCCUAUCUACAUCGAGGGACUGAAGAAAUGUUUCCAGCUACCAGGCAAUUGUGGAAUGAUUGGUGGUCGACCCAACCAGGCCCUCUACUUCAUCGGUUACGUUGGCGAUGAAGCGCUCUACCUAGAUCCGCACACGGUCCAGCGGGUAGGUAGUGUCGGUGAUAAGCAGGAAUCAACGGAACAGGAGCAGGACGAAACGUUCCAUCAACGGUACGCUAGUCGGAUUAAGUUCGCCUCGAUGGACCCAUCGCUGGCAGUAUGCUUUCUGUGCGUAAAUCGGCGCCAGUUUGAACUGCUUGUGGCACGAUUUAACGACAGUGUUAACGGUGGCGGAAGUCAAGCCUUGUUCGAGGUCACGAAGACGCGCCAAGCACCGUGGACUCCGACGACCACUUCGUCCGCGUCGUCGCGCAAGAAUAGUGGACCAAUUGAGGCCUUCAAUGUGAUAUCUGCCACAGAAAUACCGAACGAAGAAUUUGAAGAGGUGGAACCGCGCACGUUGGAUGAUUCAGACGAAGAAUUUGAGAUUAUCGCUUAACUGCAGGAAACCUUGCUUAAAGAUCCCCGAAACGAAUUGCGCAAUAUGAAAGCAUUUGCUUUUCUUUAAGCUUCUUGCUUUUACCCGGAACCCCAAACUGAAGCUGCCCAAGUGUGCAGAAUAUGUAACGUAAGUGGCAGGGCACUGUUUUGAUCCUUGCAUCUCGUGUAAUUGACCACAAAUGGUGGGUUUGCUACGAUAGCUUUUACGUUGUUUUUAUCCAUUUGAAUAGGUUUUUGUUUGCAAAAUCUUGUUUAUCAAUCAUGACUGCACCUAGUUUCGUAGUAGGCAUUGAUUUUUUAUUCUCAAAUACAAUUGUGUUUUCCACUCCGCCACAUGAUUCUUUCCGUUUGAUAAAGUUUAAAAAGAAAAAUGCAAUCAGCCAACCACAACAAUGAAUGGAUAUGUUUCAAUAAAAUCUCGCGCAAUAUGU